AUGAGAUAUCUCAACUCAUUUCAAGUUAAGCGUAUCAACAGUAAUGAUUUCACUUAUGUCUUUCUUCAUGUAACGGCCUCCAAAAAGACCGACAUUUUGUCUGAAGGUCAAAGGUACCGAGCGUGUAAGGCGUAUAUUUACAACUUUUAUCAGAUGAAUUAUGACUAUCUCAACUCACCACAAAAGAAAGGAAGAUUCAACAUCGCCAUGGUAUCAGAUUUUUGUUACCCGAAUGUUGGCGGUGUAGAAAGUCAUAUUUUUGCUUUAUCUCAAUGCCUUAUUCGACGUGGUCAUCGAGUUAUUAUAAUCACUCACUCUUAUGAUUCUGAAGGUGGUCAACGUCAAGGUGUAAGAUAUUUGCCACGUGGACUUAAAGUCUAUUAUAUUCCAAUUCAACCGUUUUAUAAACAGUCAAUUUUCAUCACAGUUCUGGGCACAUUACCAAUAAUUCGUGAAAUAGUAAUACGUGAACAGAUUGAUAUUGUACAUGGACAUUCAAUAUUUUCUCCUUUAGCCUGUGAAGCUGCAAUUCACGCACAGAGCCUUGGCUGUCGAACUGUUCAUACAGAGCACUCACUUUUCGGUUUUUCAGAUUUGUCAGCAAUAAUUAUGAAUAAAGUAAUGGAAGGUGUAUUUACAGCUGUAGACCAAGUGAUCUGUGUUUCACAUACUACCAAAGAAAAUGUAGUUCUUCGAGCUAAAUAUGAUGCUGAUCGAGUUUUUGUAAUUCCUAAUGCAGUGGAUGCCUCUGCGUUUAUUCCUGACCCGUCUUGUCGUGAUCCUAAUUACAUUACUAUUGUUGUGGUUUCUCGCUUAGUUUACCGAAAAGGUCUUGAUUUAUUGGUUGCCAUCAUCCCGUCAUUAUGUUCUCUGUUUCCGGAAUUAAGAUUUCUUAUAGGUGGUGAUGGACCUAAAAGACUUGAACUAGAAGAGAUACGCGAACAGUAUCAAUUACAUUCACGUGUAAAAUUGUUAGGAGGUUUACAACCUCAUGAAGUUCGGCCUCUUUUAAUACAAGGUGAUAUCUUUCUAAAUACUUCUCUUACUGAAGCGUUUUGUAUAGCAAUUCUUGAAGCAGUUUCAUGUGGCUUAAUGGUUAUCAGUACAGCUGUUGGGGGACUUCCGGAAGUUUUACCCGAGCAUUUUAUUAGACUUGCACCAGCAAACGCUUCAGAAUUAGCAGCUAUUGUUGCAGAUUCUAUUAUUCAAGUUCGGCGGCAACGCGAGGAUUCGAAACCUACAACUCAUGAACAAGAAGCUAUGGAUAAUUUAACCUCAGACAAGGUGAACAUAUGUACAUCACCUCCGAAUCCUCUUUGUCGAUUUUCAUUGGUCGCUGAUCCAUCUACACACUUUGAUGGUACGGAAUGUAAUUGUAAUUCACUUAAUGAUCAUUGUUGGCAUAUGCAUAAAUGGAUUCGUAGUAUGUAUUGUUGGCCUCUAGUUGCUAAACGUACGGAAAAAGUCUAUUCUGCUGCUAUGUCUAAACCACCUGUUUCACUACACGACAGAAUCUCAAGAUUGUACCAACUUGGUCCACUUACUGGGAAAAUAACAUGUUUUUCCGCUAUUUUACACUGGCUUCUUCUUCAAUUUAUAUCAUGGCUUAGACCUGAACAGAUAAUCGAUAUAAUGCCAUCACUUGAAACACCUAUAGAAGAUUUUAGUGAUAGUGAAUGUGAGGAUUUUUCUGUUGAUUCACACAAAUAAUAUCCACGUUUAUUUCACUUGUAUCAAAUUUAUAACUUUAUAAUUCUCCUGUGCAUAAUUUUACUUUAAAUGGAAUUGUUUUAUUUUUUAUUUAUUCGUUAGAACGUAAUCAUUAUUCUUCUAAAGAUUUAAACUCAGAUUGUUUGUUGUUGUACUCUGGAAUUUUACAAUCAAAAAAAGGUUUUCAUUUGCUAUGUAAUAGCCAAGAUAAUAUCCCUACGAAAUUCGCGCUAAUGGUGUUAUUUUCGAUUAGAAUUUUGGCUUAUCACAUAAGACAUAUAGUUCAUUAAAUUACAUAUA